UCAAUAGGACUUGCAUCCAGAGCCGUAAAACAAAUUAAUAAAAAAGUAAAAUAUAACCUCAAAAUAAAUGUUAUUAUUAUUUUAGUAUUUUAUUGAACUUGUUUAAUUUUAAUAAUAUAUAAAAUGAAGCGGCAUAUUACAUGUCUAUCGAGGAUAGUGAUGCAAAACCAUCAUGCUAAAACUAUACCAAAUACUAGAUUUUUAAGUACCCAAGAAGCAACAGAGCGGCGUAAUCACUUGUUUACAUUGGAAAAAAAGCGACAGCAGGAAAAUGUUGGGAGAAUAGAAAAAAUAGAAGUUAAUUACAAGGGUGUUCCUAAAGAUUUCACAUUGGUUAUGAACAAAGACAUUUCCACGCCUUAUGACUGUGCUAAACAUAUGAGCGAGUGGCAUGUUGAAUCUAGUGCUCUAGCUCUGUUAGACGGAAACGUGUAUUGGGACAUGCACAGACCACUCACAGAAAAUUGCACCUUACAGCUUCAAAACUUCACAGUAGCAGAACCACAACAAGUGAAUAAAGCAUUCUGGAAGACCUGCUCGUUGGUGCUCGGAGCUUGUGCCAGCAUAGCGUUCAAAGAAAAUGUUACCGUUAAACUGCAUAGUUUCCCCGGACCGGACAUUCGCAGCGGCUCCUUCAUAUACGACAUCGACCUCCCGACCCUCCCUGACUGGACGCCGACACACCAGGAGCUGUACACCAUCACAGCGGAGUUCGUCAAGUUCGCACGUCAGGGUCACCUUAUAGAGAGGCUGGAGGUCGGCGAGGAGUUAGCCCUCGAGAUGUUCAAGGAGAACGAGCACAAGUCCAAGCAAAUACCGAACAUAGCCAGAACUAACGGUAAAGUGACGCUGUACAGGGUCGGCAAACACGUGGACAUAUCGAAGGGACCUCUCAUCAGCCAUACGGCGCAAAUCGGACGCGUCUCCAUAACCUCCAUACACAGGCUAACUGGUUCAUCAGACAGCGAUAUCAAGCAGCUGUACAGGUUCCAGGGCGUGGCGUUACCCGCCGGAGUCAUAUUGGACCACUUUGCUUUCUCCAUACUCACAGAACGAGCUAAAAAAUUGAAUUUAGCAAGAUCACCCAUCAACAAAUUCGUGGAAAGACAAGAUUCUAAUAAAGAGAAUGUAGCGGCGCGUGCGUGAUGAAUUGUUUUAUGAUCUGUAGACUGUAGUAUUAUAUUUGUAAGAUAAGAAACCAAAAUAUUUAAAGAA